AUGGUCUGGGGCAUCGCUGCAGAUGAGACGCAUCGUCUGCUCAUCGCUCCAUCACUCGAUUCCAUGGUGUACGCCUGGAACAUGACCGGGGCAGAGCCUGCGCGCUGGGAGCGGCACAUGCUUGACGAGCACAAGGACGAGGUUUGGAGAGUGGCAGUGCAUUCCGAGCCAGAAGUUGGGAACACGCCUGCGCAGCCACGCUUCCUGACCGGAUCAUUGGAUGGUACAGUGAGAGUCUGGAGCAAGACUGGCGACGGAUUUCGGGGCCAUCUCCUCUACAACACGAGCCACAUGGUCACGGCGUUGGCAUCUUCAGCGUGGAUUGCGCACGGUGACAAGAGUGGCCUGAUCGGUCUGUGGUGGCGACCUGACAACUGGUAUCGAGCUUUGCAGGCAGACUCUGUCAUGAUCCAGGCC